UGUCAGAAAAAAGAAACGCCGACCCCGCCAGCCUGCUGCAGAAGGAACCACUGCCCUGCCGUCACAGCAGCAAGAAGCAGGCCGAUCCUUCUUUCAAAGCAAGGAUGAAACCACCCUCUGACUUCUAGGGUCUCUCCAGCCACGGAUGCCAUUAGCAGGAUUGUCGGGGUCUUCUGUUCUUCUUGCCUUUAUGGUGGCGUUGCUAAUUCUAGUAGAAAUACUCCCCGUAGCUGGCUGACACAGUGGAAAGCAGUGUAUUUCCGUUGGCAGGGGCCUGUCAUAGCUGUUGCUUUGCAGCAUCUUUCUAGUUUGGAGAGACUGGAAUGUUCUCCAGAGGUUCCACUUACACGUUCAUACACAUGCUGAAAUCACACUGUGUGUGGUUUACAGCAGUAUAUGUUGCUUUCCAUAAUUGCUUCUUCUAGCGUGAGCUAUAGGGUCUCAGGUAACACAGCAUCUGCUGACUGCAGCUGAAGACCACCGUUGUAGUUUAGUUAAGGACUUUUCUGGGUCAUAUGCUAGACAUCAGUGAAAGGAAUUCCAUGUUAGCCUUGUUUCCAUUUCACCGUCAACGUAAAGCCCUAAGUAAAGCUUAAGUCAGCGUGCACUGUCAUUAGUCAAAUGAGAAAUUGCAUCUUUUUCGUCUAGUGAAAAUACAUAUAAGCUGGUCUGUGAGGAAGCUAGAACCCAAACUACAAAUAUUUGGUUUGAACUGCACAGCAGGAAAUGUGUUACUGAUGUCAGUUAAAAUAAGAAGUCCUUUAAGGGUUUGCUUGUGUUACAGAGGGAUUCUGCCUCUAAGUUGGCUAAGGGUGAGACGUAGUAGUACUGCACCCCAUUGUAGGUUUUAGAUUUGGAUGGUGGCAGAUGUCAGAAAACCUCUGACAAGGAGGGCAGGAUAGCCUCUCUUUGCUUAAAUGAGGUCCUAAUCAGAGUGACAUUGCUGGUGUUUCUAGAAGACAGUGUGCUUUAUCUUGUAAUUUUAACUGCUCUGGGCAGUCAUAGAGUAGACAGCUGUAAAGUUGGAACAGACCAAAAUGACACUAUCUGUUAGUGGCGUAGAUGAACUAUAUGGGACCUUUAUUCAGUGUGGAGCAUCCUGUGCUUUUUUUGAUCAUGGAGAUAGAAUCUGUCUUUGCUUCUUCACUGCCAUUGCCUUUGGUAGGGUGUCCAGUGUGGCAGUAACGUAAAUCACACUUGGGCUUGGAUAUGGAGUAUUUUUGUGGAUGUACCCUGCGUGAUCAGAAUGAAUGCCGGACUUGUUAUGGGGGGAGCAAAAUUACAGGAGAUAAAAGACCUGGAGGAGGCCUUUAUCUGGUGGAUGGUAAAUCAAAUAUGAGUGAGGAUGGCUAUCUACAUUUUGGGCUACUUUAGCAAGGCCGUAGCCGUUAGAUCGAGGAAGUAUUUAUUACCCUCUUUUCAGCACUUUUGAGACCUCAAGUCCAGUUUAGAGCCUCACAAGAAAGAUGCCGCCAAACUGGAAGGGGUGCAGAUGAGGGCCACCGACAUUGUUAGGUGGCUGGAGCACAUGGUGUCUGUGGAGAGGCGGAGGGAGCUGUGUGUGUUUAGCCUGAAGAAGAGAGGCCUUAAAGAGGAUCUUACCACUGCUCUUAAUGAGUGGUUAUAGAGAGGGGGGAGUUAAGCUCUUUUCAGCAAAGGGACAGGAGGCAACAGGCACAAAUUGCACUAAGGGGAAUUCUAACUAGAAUAAGGAAAAUAAUUUUUACCAUGAGGGUGGUCAAGCACUAGAUUAGGGGCCCAGAGAAGCAGUGGGAUCUCCAUCCCUAGAAAUAUUACAAACUGGACUGGACGUGGCCCUGAGCAACCUUAUCUAACUUCUUAGUUAGCAAGAGGUUGGACAAGUGCUGUUCAAUGAGCCUUUCCAAUAUAAAUUAUUCUAUGAAUCUCUUCAAGAUGAGGAAACAGUGUUGUUCAGAGUUGACUGUCUGUAAUGGAAGGCAGUACUUUAGAUGUUACCUCUGUGGUUGGCAGCAAAGAUGUCGGAUUUUAAUUUGUGUUACAGGUUAGUGCAUAGAUAUGCAAGUAAACUUAUAAAACUGCUAUGAUUGCAUUUAAGGUAUUGCAUCUAACAUUAUAGGCAAAAGGACAAGUAAUAUUUUGCAAGGCUGACACGUGGACAGGACUUUAAAUUUACUUGGUGAGGAUUUUGUGUUUGGAGAAAGCCAUAAAGAAUUAAAAAUAUAAUAGGCAGGAGAGUAUAAUUUAAGUAAUCUUUAAAGCUGUAUAAUCACCUCUGAGUUUUGAAAAAUGUUUCUGUGCCAUAACCCGUGCUCCAUAUUGUUCUCUAGCUAGUAGGUGGAACCACUGGAGAAGUCCAGGCAUAACAAUCUGAUGAAUAUUGUGGUGUUGAAUGCUACUCCUAAAUGUUGCUUGGUCUCACAAGUCACUUUUCUUGUACUUGCUGUGGGUGUUUGCUGCCUGACAGGUUCUGAAGUUCGGCUCUGGCAACUGGAAUGAGAAGGAGCUUUCUCUUGCUUUUCCACAUGCUCGCUCUCUCCUGUCCUUUUUCCUAACACCCCCCCCCAACACACGUGCAUGAAAUCAGUGAAGUGCAUGUCACUAAUGCUACGUGCUUAUACAUCGCUGAAGAUGCUGCUCAUCCCAUUGUCCUCAAGAACAUGCUGAGGAGCAAAAUGUUGUAAGCCUGAAUUAGUGGAACAGGCAUGGAUCGUGGGAGCAAAGUCCUUGUCACGAGAUCAGCUUUCUUCUCAUUAACAGGAGUUAUCUUGAGCAAUGUGGUUAGAGGCCAAUUUCAAAACAGAAGGAAAAGGAACAUCCUUGGUCUAUCAGAACGGGAGGAAAAAUUGAGACCGGGAAAUAAGAGAUGAUAGGUGGAAAUGAGUCCUGUACUGCAGGACCGAUACCUAUGUCCUACUUAACCUGCCUGACUUACAUUCUGGGAGAAUGGACUGGCGUGGAGCAUAUUGAAGAUUAUCUGAGUUAUGCAGUCUACCUUUCAUGGGUGCUUUUUCCACUCGCAGUAGUUUUACUACUUCCAGGGGUUCUCAUCAUCCUCUUCUACACUUCCAUUCUCCUUCUUCAUAUUUAUAAAAGGAAGAAUGAACUAAAGGAAGCUUAUUCCAAUGAUUUUUGGGGUGGUGCAAAACAGAUGUUGGCUACCCUAUGGGAUGGACAUGGAAGAAUAUGGCAUGGUUAUGAGCUUCAUGGUGCCGAAAAUAUUCCUGAAGGACCAGGGCUUAUUGUGUUCUAUCAUGGAGCUACUCCUGCUGACUGUAUCUAUUUCAUGGCUAGACUUCUUAUACAAAAGAAGAGAUACUGCCACAUAGUAGCUGAUCAUUUCGUCUUUAGAUUACCAGGUUUUAAAAUAUUGCUUGAUGUACAUGGAGUUAUGCAUGGACCAAAAGAAGAAUGUGUCAGUGCUCUGAAGAAGGGCUGUCUGAUAGCCAUUGCUCCAGGUGGAGUUCGGGAAGCACUCUUCAGUGAUGAAAUGUAUACUAUUAUCUGGGGUAAUCGGAAGGGCUUUGCUCAGGUGGCCAUUGAUGCAAAAGUGCCCAUCAUUCCUAUGUUUACACAAAAUGUUCGAGAAGGCGUUAGGACAUUAGGAGGAAUAAAAAUAUUUAGGUCACUAUAUGAACGUAUUAGAUUGCCACUAGUUCCUGUGUACGGUGGGUUUCCAGUCAAGCUUCGUACAUUUAUCGGAGAACCCAUUCCAUAUGAACCAAAUGUAACUGCUGAGGAACUAACUGCAAAGACAAAAGCAGCACUCCAAGCUCUAAUAGAAAAACAUCAGAAAAUACCAGGAAAUAUAUUUAGGGCUUUAAUGGAACGAUUUCAAACACAAAAGAAGGAAGAUUAAGGUCUUCUGAAUAAACUACUAUUUAGUUAUAGUAACUUAUUCAUUCUUCUAAUAAUAGGUUUUAAAUACUGUCCUUAUGAUACUGCUGUAUAAUUUAAGAUAUAAGACACUUUCCCUUGCCCUUCCCCCUGUCCAGUAUCAAGCUCAGGAACCCAAACUUCAAAUCAUUCGUAAUGGGGCAAAGCUUAGUCUUUGAUAAAUGCAUUCCUACCUUGAAAGCAUUUUUUUUCAAAAAUGACACUGCAAGUCUUUAUGUACAUUGUCACUUGUCUUUUUUUUUGUGUGUUUUUUUUUUCUCCCCGCCUAUGGUUGCUCUUUAACCUGAAUGUUAGACCUGCUGUAGAGCUAGAGUCGCUAGAGUGUUACUGUCUUGAUCACCAUCACUGUAACUAGGUUUUGCAGGCCAGGUUAAUGCCGUACAGCAUUUAUGAAAACUUUCUUUAGGUCGUUACUCUUGUGUUGCUGGAAAACAGUCAACCUUUUGUGGCUUGCAGAACCUCUAGCUAUGCCUGCAAAACCUAUGGUGGAAAGUGGUUAGUUUUACUGGGUGAGCUCAGAAAGAGUUUGGAGGAGUGAAAAUUGAUUAGAGAACUGCAGUGAACCAGGGAAGUUUGUUACGGAAACUACUCUGAUGCUGUGAAUGAGAACCCUACGGCACAGCUGCUAUUCCAAGCCGAGCCAUAUUGGAUAUUUGCCCUUGAGUAGAGAGUUGUUGUGUAUACUUCUCAAUGAAUCUGCAAAUUCUCCUUUGAAAGAAUGAGCCAAGCAUUUAAACUUUAAGUGGAAAUGAGAGUACUGUUUAGUAACAUGAGCUCAUAAAGCUUUAUUUUGAAGGAAAGAAAAUAUUAGUACAACACUUCUUUUAAAAGUAGUAGUUCUUUUGAAAAACAGGAUAGACAUUCCCAAAUACCCUUUAAAUCUAGUGUAUUUGUAAACUGUUAAACAUCCAUAUUCUUCACAGUUAUUUACAUAAGUUAUUAAACCAGGGUUGGGAGGGAAAUCGUAUACACUUUCCUUAAGUGAAAACAAUUGAAUGAACAGGAAAGAGUUGCAGGAUUGGGCUUUUGUGCACUUACAGUAAAUUAUAUUAUUAUAUUUUUUCUGAACUAAAGCGUACGGUUUUAUUGUCCAAAUAGGAAAUAUCUGAAAUAUUUCUUCUGAUUCCCAGCAAGUUUGAGCUACAGUUCUUAAAUUAGCAUCUGGGAACUCCUUAGUUUUGGGAUAGAGGACAAAUUCCUCAAGGAAAGACAAAAGAGGGUUUUGCUAUAUUAUGUGGUUUCCUUUCAGUAUUGUUGGGGUUUGACCUUUUCUUAAAAAAAAAAAACCAAAACCAACAAACAAGAAAACCAAAAAACAAACCCCAACUUUUGAAAGAGCAAUUGAAUUCAGUUUGGUAUCCAUUCCUCCCACCAUUUAAGCACAUGCUUUGCUUUAUACUCUCAUAAAUGUGUAAAUUAGUGAGAUUACAUAAAUGCAUGUGGAUGAUGCCCUAUGUUAGAAAAAUAUCACUUUAUGGGAAAGUCUAUAAACUAUGGUUUACAAAAAGCAAAAAGCUUACUUAUUUUAUGAUGUUAUUUUACAUCAAAAGCAUUUUAUGUGGUGUUGAAUUAAAUUUUUUAAAGUUUGGGGAAGAAUCACAUUAUGUAAAAGCAAAUGCCCAUUCUGAAGUUUUUUAAAUGACUUGGGUUUUAUUUGAAGGCAAGAUUGUGUUCUUUUUAAUUUGUCGGAAUGUUUUUAAAAAAAUAUUAUGUUAACACAGUAUGUCAUUAAAAGUGAUAAUGCAAAUUCCUACAUUGGAGUAUAACUUAAGUAUGACUUUGUUUUUACUGUCCAUCUUGAGGAAAAUGUAAUCAGUCUAUAUUGUGAAAUUCUGAAAGGCAGCUGCACGUAUUUCGUGUUGAGGUUGCGUAUAUGUAAAAGAAAACUCAGUCUAAAAGGUUCUGUUAGACAUGAACAGACAUUUGUGAACUGAGAUUUUGUAAAAUUUAUUUUACUAAGUAUGUGGGCUGUUUGAUGCAGUUUUGUCCCUUUAAGUAUUGAAAGAUGAGUAUAAAAAAUGAAGGGCAGUAUUGGUACUCUUUAAGUGCUCAUAUUUGUAUAGGCCUUUCAUAUUUAUUUCUAUAUAUAAAAAAUGUAUAGAAGACACCUUUCGAAUAAAAUUGAUAACUGGAACAGG